GGACCUUGUGCUUGCCAGGCAGGUGCUUGUGCCACUGAGGUAUAUCCCUGACUCCAGUAAUUUCCAUUGCCCCUAUCAUCAGCUUUCUGAACUACUACUCGAUUUUCUGUGUCCAUAGGUUUGCCUGUUUACAACAUUUCAUAUAAGUGGGAUAGUAUAAUCUAUAACCUUUUGUAUCUAGCUUCUUUCACAGGAUAAUAUUUUCUAGCUUCAUUUAUGUUAGAGGAUGUAUCACCACUUAGUACUUUUUUGGCCUGAAUGAUGAUGUAUGAUAUAUCACAUUUUGUGUACUCAUUUCUCAGUUAAUGGACAUUUGCAUUGUUUUCACUUUUUUUGCUCUUAGGAGUAAUUGUGCUAUGAACAGUCAUGUGCAAGUUUGUGUAAAAAGAGUGUAUUGGUCACCUUCCCAUCCAUGGGACAAAGGACAUGACAUACACAAUUUAAGGAAGAGAACUUUAUUUGGGCUCAGUUUCAGAGGGUUCAGUCCAUGGUUCCAGAGCAGAAAUGGCAUAGUGGGAGUGCAUGGCAGAGGAAAGCUGCUCAAACACCAUGGCAGCAAGAAGCGGAGAUCAAGGAAGAACCAGAGCACAAAGAGAGGAGGCAAGGAUAAUAACACAUCCUUCCAGGUCAUUCCCAAAUGACACACCACCUGCAACCAGACUGCCUCCUAGUGGCACAUUCCGCUGUGAAUUCAUCAGUGGAUUCAUCUACUGAUGAAUAUAGCACCCCCAUGAUCCAAUCACCUUUCAGAAUUACCACUUCUGAACACAUGAGACUUCUGGGGAACAUUCCAGAUCAAAACUGUAAUAUAUAGGCUUUCCAAUUCUUUUGGAUAAGAUGGAGUUUAGCCAGGCCCAGAUAGCUUCAGUGGAUCUUCACAAAAAAUUUAAAGAAUUCAUUUAACAUCUCAGUAGAUGCAGAUAAAAGAUUUGACAAAGUCCAUCAUCCUGUCAUGAUUUUUUUAAAAAAGUUUAACAUUGUAUAGGAACUUCCUCUACCUGAUAUAGAGUAUCUGUGAAAAAUCCAUAGCUAAAUUCAUACUUGAUUUUGGAAGACUGAAGUCUUUUUUUCCUCAGGUUAGAAAUGAUAAGGAUUUCUUGUGUGAUGCCAUCUUUUCAUCUUCUAAAGUAGCAAAUAUUUCUAAAGUGUAAUUUCUGGGAGUCUGAAAGGCGUUGGUCAGAUCCAGCCUUUCUAAAAGGCCACUUUGGAAAUUUCUUCAUGGGGAAUACUAAGCUAUGAGGAGAUUGAGGCCAGAGGCACUGAAAGACAGAGCAGCAUCAACUGCAUUGGCUCCAAACCUGCAAAUCCCCAACAGAGAAUGGGCCUGGUUGUCCUAGGCCAUCCAUGGGAAACUUGCAAGUGCCAGACUGAGGAGGAGGCAUGCAGGCUGCCUGCUCUGGUUACCAGAUUCUUUAUUCUUCAAUCACCCAUGGCCACUUUUACAACCAGGAAAGGGAGCAUGAAUUGUUCAUGGAGCAUUCAUUGCUCCAUGAAUCCAAGGAGCCUUAGGGUAAGCCUGCACAGCCAAAGUCCAAGGCAGCACUUGGGACCAGGCUCACAGGUUCCUGCCACCCUGGCCUAUGCACUCUCACAUACAAGAGGCCACAGGACACCAACCAAGAAGGGAAGCACCAACAUGGCAGCCUGCACUGGGCAGGUACUUUUCUGAUAUUCUGUACUUCAUUCUUUUGAAAGCAAACUGAACUGGUUGUCACAUGCCUUCCCCAAAGGAAAGUGAACUUGAUAGGGCUGCAUCAUCAGAUCUGGGCCCAGUUUCUUCUGGAGACUCCAGUAUGACCUAGGGAUUCCUAAAGGACAGAUCAGGGAACAUUCUUUCUUGCCUGAUCUGGUCAUUGAACUCCCUCAGAAGUUGUAGCCUUGAGCCAGCCUCAAAGGAGCUUGGCUUCCUCACUGAAUACAUUACCUACUUGUUCCAAGCCCAGUGGAGCUGGGUUAGAAUGGGGAAAAGAGCAGCACAAUUUAUUACCAUCUCUGCCCAAGGAGCCACCACUCCUGCCAGGGAGACUAACCAAGAAAUUACUUCAACAAUCCGAUUGCAAAACAAACGCUGUAUCUCAGUUGGUUUCUUAAUGGGGAAAAUGGCUUGCCAGCAUCUUGCCAAAUUUGAAGCAUGUUAGUGAAGGUAUGCCUUAAACACAUCCCCGAUUUUUUAAAAAAUUCACUUGGAAAGCAAGGAGAUAGGCAGCAGACACGGAGGGGAGCUAAAAGACAUUGGUCAGUUAUACCCUCCUGGUUUCCAGGAGCUUUCACUACUGCUAGAGAAUUGACCAAACUCUAGUAGAACACAACUAGAACAGUUGACAGAGAAAAUGGUCAUUUCAAGUAAGAAUCCAAAAUAAAGACUAGCGGUUCUGAAGUAGUUGAACUGUGGAUUUGGGAUUCAUUUUUUUCUCACAUGGGCAACUACAGUGUGCUCCAGGGGAAGAAACAGCAGGGAUUUGUCCGAGUUCCUGACUUUGCCAGGCCAAGUAGUGAUAGCUCAUGUAUGUGAAAACGUGCAUGUAAUCUAUGAAUGUUUGCAAUGGGCAACAUAUAGGGAGAAAUAUACACCAAAGGGUGGUAUCCCUCAGGUAUUUCCUAUUUCGUGUCACAAUCACAACUGCACAUGUCAGCGUACCAAGGGACAAAGGGCAAGAACAACGUUAUUUCCCUCUAUGUUGUCUAAAAUGCAAAUAGGUAUCUUUUCCAGUGGCCACCAAAAACAUUUUAUUUUUUAAGAGAGAAAAAAAAAAAAACCUGGUACAGUUCACCACCUUCAGAGGUCGAAGUCGGAAGCGCUGGCCUCUGAGCCCAGUCAACGUUCAAUUUCCAAAGCCCCUCUGCUCAGUAACCUGAGGUUCUCAUGAAACUCUCCAUGAAAACAUCCUGUAUUGAGCAGCGCGACCCGAGACAGGGGCAGUGGAGGGUCCUUGAUUUACUCAACCUAGUCAUUUCUCAUACCGCCCCGCUGAUAGACUGUUAAGACGAACGAACGGCUGAAGACACAAUCACCGCUAUCUAAAGGGUACGGGGGAUCCACGGUAGAACUGCAAUUGGGUUUCACACGUUUGGGCCCAAGUCCCAAAAAACAACUGUCGGAAAGUCUCGGGGUGGGCAGACCAUUGGAUGCAGAGCCGGAAGCGGAAGCCAGACACCGGAAGUAGGUUUGGUGGCGCCCGCGAUGGCUGAACCUGCGCUAGUUGCCUCGGAAUCUCUGGCGGGCUGCAGGGCGCGGGCAGCGCGCACUGUGCUAGGCCAGGUGGUGCUCCCCGGUGAGGAGUUGCUGCUGCCCGAACAGGAGGAAACAGACGGCCCUGGCUUUGCAGGGGAGCGACCCUUACGCCUGAAUGCCGGGAUACGCACGCGAUUGCGCGUAGUGUGCGGCCCGGGCUUGCGGCGCAGCGGAGACAGGCUGCUGGUUACCAAGUGUGGCCGUCUUCGUCACAAGGCGUCUGGCUGUGGCAGCAGUGGUGGCAUUUACUGGGUGGACUCGCAACAGAAGCGGUAUGUACCAGUGAAAGGAGACCAUGUGAUUGGCAUAGUGACAGCCAAAUCUGGAGAUAUAUUCAAAGUUGAUGUUGGAGGGAGUGAGCCAGCUUCUUUGUCUUACCUGGCAUUUGAAGGUGCAACUAAAAGAAACAGACCAAAUGUGCAGGUUGGUGAUCUCAUCUAUGGCCAGUUCGUGGUUGCUAAUAAAGAUAUGGAACCAGAGAUGGUCUGUAUUGACAGCUGUGGAAGAGCCAAUGGAAUGGGUGUAAUUGGACAGGAUGGACUUCUCUUUAAAGUAACUUUAGGCUUGAUUAGAAAGCUGUUGGCACCAGAUUGUGAAAUCAUACAGGAAGUGGGAAAACUCUAUCCACUAGAGAUUGUAUUUGGAAUGAAUGGAAGAAUAUGGGUUAAGGCAAAAACUAUUCAACAGACUUUAAUUUUGGCAAACAUUUUAGAAGCUUGUGAACACAUGACAGCAGACCAAAGAAAACAGAUCUUUGCCAGAUUGGCAGAAAGUUGAUAAAUGUAGACUUCUCUUUAAUGGGUCAACUGAACCAAGAAACUGGGUUUCCUCAGAAAACUUUUUCAGGUGGACCUCUCCUACUAAAUCUUCAGCAGGCAAGAUGUGAGUGUACGUGUUGUCUACAAGUCCUAAAUAAAGUAUUUUUAUAAGGAAA